UUCCUCCGGAGGUGGGUCCUCGAAGGUCGUUGUGAUGAUCCAUUUAACGAAUUCAGCAUCAUCAUCAAUCAUCGCUUCGACGAUCAUGCAGAUAUUUCUUUUUGGAAACACUUUGUCAGCCUCCGUUCUCUUUCCCGGGACCAAUCUGAGGACGGACUCCCUGCUCUCAGGCGACCUCACCGCACAGCUUACACAUCCGCCUUCUACGGCCUUCUGCCGUCAUCUUUUGAAAGCUCAGUCCUUCGAUGUGGUCUGUCGCUCACUCUUUUGCGCAAAAUCGAGCCUAAGCACUUCAUAUUCAAUCAAUCUUCGAAUUUUCCUCAGCUCGGCCUCUGGAACCAUGCAGAUGGCUGGGACGCUAUUCAGUCCGGAUUGGUUGCCUACGAGCAAGGCGUCAAUUCAGCGCUAUAUCAAUCUCGAUUUGCUUGGUUUCAAACGCUGGUUCAAAAAGAGAACGAGAAGCGUUACGUCCUGGCACAAGUCCGUUUGCUGCCCAAUGUAGCAUUCGCUAGAGAUGAAGAAACUUCAAGGCAUUUGCUUUUGGCUGAACACGUUGGGAAAGGCGAGACACUAACUGACCUGAAGGAAGACGCUCAGGAGAACAUGGCGCAACUAGCAACUGAAGAGGAGAACCUGAAAAUGGCUGACCAGCGUUACACCGAAGAGGCCCAUGGCCACACAUUCACAGAGCCACGACCACUUGCCGAAGCUCCCACAAAUAUUGCUAACACUGAUGCCCACUCGAUCACCAUUGCGACCAAUUCGUCCCCGAAGCCGCCUCUCUCACCACGACCCAUAAAGUCUCCUCUCGGCUCUUCCGGAUUGCCAUCACCACUCAAACCGUCUCCACCGCCUCCAUUUGAAAAUCAGAUGACAACGAUGGUUGCCUCGUCGGAAGGGUGUAUUUCGGAGUUUGACUUGCUUGCUGAACUCAAGCAGCAGUUCAGGUUGCGAAGUACACGCGGCAGGCCACCGCCCGAUCGGAUUGGUGAUAUUAUCCAGCCCGGAGUCAUCAUGCAGUUGGAGGCAGAUACCUCGGAGGGAAAUAAGGAGAACGAUGCUCACUUGCAGGAGUCGUCUUCUGCCAGGGUGGUUACUAGUCCAGUACUGUCCCGCGCCAAGCAGAUACUCUACGGCCCGGGGCUCGGCCCGACUUGCAGACAAAACACCUGGAGGAAGCCCGAAAACGUAGAACAUCUGUCAGAUGAAGAAAUUCUGGCUUUCACUAAUGAAAUGCUUGAGCCACCGCCAUCGCCCCCUCCUUUUCCUUCUUUGGAAAACUGCGAGACCGACUUUGGUUGGUUUUUCUGCUUCAUCCUUUUGCUGUCCUGUUUUGGGUUAAGUCUGCAUGUCUACGACCCAAUUUAG